AUGGUCGCAGAGCUCGUGCGUCUGCGCUUCGCAAACGGAGACGUAAAACGCCGACUUGAAGCGGCUCAGACCAAAACCCAGACUGCUCUAGCUUGGCAAUACUUUGCAAGUGUUUCACAAAAGUAUCGGAAGUUAAAAUGCAUCUAUCGCAAGGAGAAGAGAGAAGAAGGAAAGACCGGCAACUGUGCUCGUUCUCUGCGUGAAAUUGACGACGGUCUGUGGAGUAUUUUGCACGACGCCUUCUCUGGCAAGGUCGGCAUAAGUGGAAAAUUGUCUCCAAUUGAGAACGAUGGAUUGGGAAGCCUAGCCGCAACACUAGAACGGCACCACGAGGAAACUCGACGUUUUCAAGCUAUUCAAUUGCAGCUAUUGCAACAACUUUUAGCGCGUAAAAAUGCAUAA